GAAACUCCUUGUGUGUGCCUUAACGCAACUUUAAAAACUUACUUAAAUUAUUUGUUAAUUCGCUAUUAGGUAAAAUUAUGAAACAGAAUGCUAUUUACUCUGAAAUAUUUGCAAUUAACUUACAUGUAUGUCUUAAGCUAUUACGAGAUUUCUCAUGAUCACUGUAUAUUUUUUUUAGAAUUUAAUAUGAAAAAUAUAUAAUUUUAAUUUACAAAUAGAACAUGUUCAAAAUUCAUAUUACUAUAGUCAUAUUUAUUAUGAAAUAUCUUUAUUUUACCUGAGUUACCUUUACUGAAAUGAAUGCGCGCAAAUGUAAUCAAAUACUGCGCGCAAACGUAAAAAGAUUUGAUCGCCAAAUGCACGCAAAUGUAAUGCGCCCAAUAUAACUUUGAAAUGCUUUAUCUAUUACCGCUAUUUCUCAUUCACGCUUUCUUGUUGUUUGUGACGUAGAUAUCUGCCGGACAACAACAACUUCCGUUAUACCAUCUGAAACUUCAAUUCAAAGAGCAAGCCGCCCCUUCCCCAUCCCCUUCCCUUUUUAUUAAUUUUUUGUCAUUUUAUUUAUUUCUUUUUUUGGUACUUUUUUUUUCUUUGAAAUUUUACAAAAGAAAAUUAAGAACAGUCGCGUUGACACGUUUUUUCUAAAUUGUCCCGUCCCCUUUUACAUUUCUGCGUUUCAUUGUCACAAUUUUUAGAACAAUAUUUUGGAAAAUGGUAGAAAAACUUGAAUAGAAAGAAUGAAAAUGGUGGAUUUAAAUGAAGAACAUAAAGGAAGACAGGAAGAUCAAAGAAGGAGAGAAAAGGAAUACAGGAAGGUAAAAAGAUCAGAGAUCAUCACAGACGAACAGAAAGAGAGAAUAAAUUCAGUUGGGAUCAAUCUUGAUAGAUAAGAAGAUGUUGUAACAGGCGAUACACCCUUGAAGCAAAGCUUAUAAAAACUGCAGUACAAGAAGUGAGCAGAAAAGAACAAAAACAUCAGAAAUAAUGGGAGUAUUAUCAAAAAUAAAAACAAACAACUCUACAUUCUUUUCCAAAACCAAAUGUGAGGAUGGCCACAGUUGGUGGGUAAGCUUCGAGUUUUAUCCAUUUGCUGUCGGCGAGCGCCAUACCGUCUUUGAAGGUCGUAUGUACAACCAACAUGGAUAUUGGAGCCAAUCAAAAGCUGUUGUCAAAUCUUUGAACGACGAAAUCGGUUCCGAAAACAACCUCCAGUCUGCGAUAACUUGCUCAGAAAAAUCACGUUCCUUAGCUGAUACUUUUAAGGAUGAAUUUCCAAACACAAAAAAUUUGAAAUUUUCCCAGCCAUGUCUUUCCGAAAUGGAUUCUGUUUCCGUAUUUAAUACACCCUUUCGAUAUAUAAAAGGAUACGAAAAACAACUCGCUGAACACGAACAUGUUCUUAUUGAAGAAUUCAUAGAUGGCGAUUACCAAUCAUUUAUCGACAGUGAUGGCAUUCGACGUCAAGAAUCCGAACUUCUCGACACAUUUGUACAUUAUUCUUAUGUUGAAAGCUACGGCGACUUUGUUAUAUGUAAAAUGGAAGGUGUAGAAAGAGAUAAGGACAUCAAACUAUCUGGAGUCACUAUUCAUUCUCGGAAUAGAACAUUUGGACCUUGUGACCAUGGUGAACAAGGUAUUCUAAACGUUUUUAAGAACCACAGAUGUAAUGACAUUUGUAAGAACUGGCCAACACCAGCAUUUGGUCUUGUUCCAACUGCACCGGUAGUAUCCGAAACUAAAAAAGGCAAAAUGGACAUUCUCAAAAAUGAUGCGGGAGUAUUGUUUUCAAGCAAAACCGAUUUGAUUAGUCCUCCGCCAUACGAAAAUUUGACAAAAGCAGAUAUUCUUAAGACCGAGGACAGACCAUUGGUUCACGGACAGUGCAUUCAAAAAUUAUGACCAAUAACUUUACAUUCUUGGAUUUUUUUACAAGACAAGAAACUUUUGAUGUAUUUUAUUUUAUAUUUUGCAAAGUUAAUUUUUACAUACUAUUUAGAUUUUAGAUGGCGAAAUUUGUCUGCAAAAAUUAACGCUUAUCAGUUUAUGUAUUAUUUGUUUUUCAUCCUAUCACUUCGAUGUUUUGACGUUAAAACGUUGUUUUGUACGUUAUUGCUGUUUAUAGAUCUUUCGAAUCUCAUUUUUUCACUAGAAUCUCGCAAAUAGCAGCUUAAUGUUAUGUCAUCUUUAUAGUUUUUCGGUGAUAAAUAAUGAAAUAUCUGUUUAUAAUUUUUUUUAUUAUUUCUUUCAAUGUUAAUAGUCUGUUUUUUGUAUUGUUUUUGUAUUUAUAAUGUGAUGUAAAUGGCAGCUUCAGAAAAUGUGACUUCAGUAUUUAAAAAUGACAAAUCAUAUUUUAUACCAUUUGGCAUCAGCUAUCAUUACAUAUCUGUGAUAUAUUCCAUAUACAUAUAGAUGUGAAAUACGCAUGUGCAAUAGAAUUUAUACAAUUAAUUAAUAAUUUUUGUUAUUCAUUAUUACAUUGUUUAUAGUGUUUAUUUAUACAUUGUGGUGGUGUCAUUACAUCUAGUCUUGUUUUAUUUCAGUUGAGUUUCAUAAAGUUUAUUAUUUAUCAUAAUUUAUUCAUAUUGUAUGAGUGAUGUCAUUAUUGUAUUUCAACGUGUAGUGAAAAAAAUAAAAUUAUAUAUAUAAAUACAUGA